AUGUUAAUUAAUGCAAAUUCCUUUCAGAGUGAUUUUAAUCUCCCUGUUGAUCGAAACUCUUCUGCGUCACUUAAUACAAACGUUCCCUUAAUUCAGCCAGCCACUGCUCUACGUGGGGGUGGCGGUGGCGGAAAAAUUCCCAUCUAUAGGCGAAGCUAUGGGGUAGGUCAGGUCAAACCUCGUCCUCUAAUCUGGGAAGAUGGUCGUCUCCGUCAAAUCCAGCCAGAACAACCCGAAUCACCUGUAAAUCCAAUUCAGUCUUCUACCACUGACUCAUUUCUUGGAACUGCUGCUGGUCGUGGAGUUUUCUCGCCAUCAAAUAGUACCACCAUGACUACAUCAGUACCUCGCUUCUCCUCAUUUAAAGGGGAUAGGAUGGGUAUAAAAGCCAACUCGGGAAUAGGUGGUCGCUCCAAGGGAAAAGGCAAGGGUGCGACGUUAGGUUUUAUGUCUCCUACUGGGUCGAUGAUUUCCUCACGUCCUUCUCGAAGGGAUGAGGGUCAAAGUGGAACUUUUAAGAUUCCUGAAAUGGAUGCAUCCCUUCCAGAGACAAGAAGGCAUCCCAUUCUGCCAAUGGACCCUUCAACCCCGUCAUUUAAUUUGUCUUCAGAAGAACCCCUUCCCCCAAACAACGUCCUCUUUCCAAAUCUGGAAAGCGAGCAAACUUCGACGGCAUCGAAUAUUCCACCAUCAUUGAAAAUGAAGAGUGGAGGUGAUGGUGUUGAUGAUUUGGAUUUUGAGGCAUGUUCAUGUUACUACUACUGCUAUUUUAAGUAG